CCACCCUUCCUCCUACUCCUCCUCCUCUCGGUGGGAGCUGACUUGAUGCGCAUAAUAAAUCAUCUCUGCAAGAUUCCCCCCCCAUUUUUUUUGUCCAAGCCUGAUUUGAGAGCUGCGUUGGAUAUGAAGCUUGUGGAAUGAUUUCAAUGUGCUUCAACGCCACAAACAACGUGGGUGUUGUGCGUGCUUGUGAGCUGUGUGUGUGUGUGUGUGUGUGUGUUGGGUUUUUUUGUUGGUUUGUUUAGUGUGUGUAUGUGAUGAGGAGUGGAGGAAGAGGAGGGAGCAGCAGCUAUGAAGCGCUUGUCAUCUCUCCUCAAUUUCACCUGUAUGAACGACCUUGCCAUUGUGACCGAAAUUUUCCUAAAAAGGUUUCCAUGGAGGAUACAUGUGUCGCCUUUCCCUGAAUUUCUCUGAAUCUGGUCAAGACCCUCCAAGAUAGAGGCACCAUGCACGUUGGUGACCCCUGGGCUGUAUGAUGUGAAAGGUCAAGCGCACCUUCUCUACCCAGAUCACAAGGGCUAUUUAAAAUCUUAUUGGAUGAAAGUCUCAUUUGCCCUUGCUAGCCAAAGAUGACGUUACCAUGGAAACAGCUUCUACUGUUAUCGAUCAUUGAGUGUUUGUCAGAUAGUCUGGACAGUGGCUUAUACCAUGGUCCCAGAUGGAGGAUGGAGCCAGGUGACCUUUUUAUUCCAGUAGACUCCAUAGACGAAGAGGCCACUCUGACGUGCGACACCAAGGGUACCCCGUCUCCUCACUACAGAUGGUCGCUGAAUGGGACUUUCAUAAAUCUGAGCCUGGAUCGACGGCGGCGUCUGUCAGGGGGCAACCUCAUUAUAAGCAACCUGGAUCGCUACCAGGACGUAGGCGUGUAUCAGUGUAUGGCCUACAACACUGUAGGAGCCAUCCUCAGCAGGAGAGCACAUCUCAAGUUUGCCUACUUGGAUCAUUUCAAGGUCCACACGAGAAGCGCAGUAUCGGUCAGGGAGGGACAAGGAGUGGUGUUGCUUUGCGGAACGCCUACUUCCUCAGGAGAUCUUACUUAUGCAUGGGUCUUCAAUGAGUACCCAUACUUUGUCCAGCAAGACAAUCGCCGUUUCGUCUCUCAGCAAACCGGGAACCUUUACAUUGCCAAGGUGGAGUCCUCAGAUGUGGGCAACUACACUUGUGUAGUGAUGAACAGCGUCACAAAGGGCAAAGUUCACAGCUCAGCUACGUCUCUCAUACUCAGGACAGACGGAGUGAUGGGGGAAUAUGAACCGAAAAUAGAAGUUAAUUUCCCGGACAAUGUACCUGCCGCAAAAGGAUCAACAGUUACGCUGGAGUGUUUCGCUCUUGGGAAUCCUGUCCCAGAGAUCACCUGGAGGAGGGCGAAUGGAGUUCCAUUCCCUAGCAAAGUCAAAAUGAAGUAUGCCAAUGCUGUGCUGGAGAUCCCCAGUUUCCAGCAGGAGGAUACGGGAGGAUAUGAGUGUGUGGCGGAGAAUAAGAUGGGCAAGAACACAGCUACUGGUCGACUGCUUUUCUAUGCCAAGCCUCAGUGGAUUCAGACCAUGAAGGACACGGCCUUGGCCAUAGAAGAGAAUUUGGACUGGGAGUGUCGUGCCAGUGGCAAACCCAAACCCCUUUACACGUGGCUGAAGAACGGCCAGCAGCUGAUCUCCCAAGAUAGGAUCCUCAUGAAGGACGGAGCUCUAUCAGUGUCGGUGUUGACACUCUCCGACGCCGGAAUGUACCAGUGUGUGGCCGAGAACGAGCACAGCAUUAUAUAUUUUGCUGCUGAACUAAUGGUUUUAGCCUCUCCCCCGGACUUCACAGGGAACGUCCUCAGAGCUUUGCUGAAAGCCAAAGCAGGAAGUACCGUGACUUUGGAGUGUAAACCCCAAGCAUAUCCCAUGGCCAGCAUUUUGUGGAAAAAAGGAAACCUUCCUAUUCACACCAACAACAGGCUCACCCUUUCACCUGAUGGAACACUGAGGCUUGCCAACGUGAGCAAAUCGGAUGCAGGCAGCUAUACGUGCUUCGCUCGGAAUAGAUUUGGCAUGUCAAGUACAACUGGAAGGCUCCUUGUUACAGAUCCAACCAGAUUCACCCAGGGACCAGCAGACAUGGAAAUCAUCGUGGGUGAAAGCAUCGUAUUGCCCUGUCAGGUCACCAGCGAUCCCGUCCUAGAUGUUUCCUUCUCGUGGGCCUUCAACGGACAGCUCAUUGUCAAUGACAACGGGCACUUUGAGCUGGUGGGCGGGAGAGCUGCAGGAGAUCUGAUGAUCAGGAAUAUUCAGCUAAACCACACAGGCAAAUAUAUCUGUGUGGUGGACACGGAUGUGGAGAGCCUCUCAGCCGUGGCCAUAUUGAUCGUGAAAGGCCCGCCCAGCCCACCAGACUCAGUGACAGUGGAGGAGGUGACAGACAGCACAGCCCAGCUUGUGUGGAGCCCUGGGCGGGACAACAGCAGCCCCAUCACCAAUUACAUCGUUCAGACCAGAACGCCUUUCACUGUGGGCUGGCAGAGGGUUAACACAGUUCCGGAGACAAUUGACGGGAGCACGCUGACAGCCACUGUAGUGGACCUUAAUGCUUGGGUGGAGUAUGAGUUUCGGGUAUUGGCCAAAAACAGUGUUGGAGUUGGAGAACCUAGUCCUGUGUCAGCCAAGACCAGGACAGAAGACGCAGUCCCUGAUGCAGUGCCAGGUGAUGUGGGUGGAGGAGGCGGAAGCAGGUCUGAGCUGGUCAUCACAUGGGAGCCUGUCCCUGAAGAACUACAGAAUGGCGAAAGCUUUGGUUACAUCAUCGCUUUCCGCGCCUUUGGAGAAGUCAGCUGGACCCACGUGGCCACCUCUGCUCCCGGUGCAUCCCGCUAUGUGUACCGCAACGAAAGCAUAGUGCCCUUUUCCCCGUUCCAUGUCAAGGUUGGCACUUACAACAGCAAAGGACAGGGUCCCUUCAGCUCUGUGGUCACCAUCUACUCUGCAGAGAUAGAGCCAAGUGGGAUACCAGUGGGAGUUUGGGCCAGAAGUGUCUCAGCCUAUGAGAUUGAGGUGAAUUGGCAGGCUCUUUCCUUCACCCCUGAAAGAGUUCUCGGCUAUGAGGUGGUGUACUGGGAAGACGACACAAAACCAGAGACCAUGGGCAAGGUUCGAAUACCGUGGAACCAAACCUCGGUGACGGUUAGCGGCUUGACAAGGCACACGCAGUAUUUCUUGACUGUCAGCGCCUUCAACACAGCAGGCACCGGCCCCUUCCUUCCUGCAAUCAAUGUCACCACAAAAAAGCCUCCACCAUCCCAACCACCACUUGAUGUUGAAUGGACACUAAUUGGCUCCCAACUGUCUCUUUACUGGGAGCCUGUGGUGGCAAUGGAAUCCGAGUCAGAAGUUACUGGUUACCAACUCUCAUACAGGAGAAGUAAACACAAAGAAGUCAGCAUCUUUACAACAACUAAUUCAACAGCAGAGCUGAAUCUCACCGAGGUUGACGACGAGUACAUCAUUCACAUUCAAUCCCUGAGUGAAGGAGGCCUGGGCCCGGCUUCAAAUCCCAUUCGAAUCCACCACCUUAGUAUGAGCGCACGCGGCUCAAGAGGCUUUAAAGGUGACGUGUCGCCACCCUGCUUGCUCCUCGCUGUUGCAAUACCAGCAUUCAGGUCAACAUUGUGACAGACUUUUCUCUGUUUUUCAACUUUAAGUAUUGUUGGGGUUUUUUUAAUAAUGUCUUUUUUUGUUUGUUUUGGAGGUGACCACAUGCUAUUUUGCUGUGGCACAUUUGCGGGUAUGAGGAGCAGAAACACUGUCCAACUCCAUCUCGGCCUUUUCUGUGUCUUUAGUCUAGAAUGAUACAGAUGCCUUAUUUCCUUUCAUGUGCCACAGUAGUUUCGGCCUUCCUUUUGUUGUUGCUCCUCACUUUUUAUUCCAUACAUCUUUGUGUACUAAUUGGACAGCCUCCAAUAAGAGCGAUAUUUUGUGUUUUGGGCUUUUCUUUCCUCCGUCUGAAUUGGCAAGCAGGAACACAAUCCUUCACAUGCGCUUGUGCCUUUCAAGCUUAUAGACAGAAGAGAACGAUACUUCUACUUACAGCCAUCUUCAUCUUUACUUGCUUGUUGGUGGUCCUGUCCCACAUUGAAACUCAUAAAAGUCAAUUUACUCCGUAUGAUUUGAUUAUGGAGUGCUCCGUUUAGCUUGAGGGCUCCUCAAGGUUUUAAUGCUUCAGAGCCGUCAUUGCGAUUUCCUGCAGACUGAUGGAUUGGAUUUACAUAGCUUGGAUCUGCAGCAGAACUGCUGACAGAGAGGUGCACACAUACCAUGCCGGUGCUAAAACAAUCAGACUUAUUUAUUUAGUUUGCUGUGUGAGGAUCAAUACGAGAUGAGGUCAUAUUUAGAGGAUAUCAUUUUCCCAUGCUGUAUAAAGUACCAUCAGAUUAAAAAUGUGCAACUUGGAACAUUAACAUAUAAUAACAAAAUAAUUAUUAUGUCAUGUGUUAGUUUUGAGCGUUAUCACUUGAAUAUUCCAUAAUUCAGUGUCUACAGUAGAAGUAUAGUCAUCCCUUGCCACUUCAUGGUUCAAAUUUCGUGGCUUCAUUUUAUCACAGCUUUUAAAAAUAAACUAAUGAAUACAUCAAUUAAUCAAAUAUGCAUAUUUAAGCAAAUUUGGCCUAAAAAUUAGGAAUUUUUAAGCAUAAAAAUAGCUAAAUGAACAAAAAUAAAAAAAUAUAAGGCAUUCAGAAGACUCACUCAGAGACCAUCCAUACAUUGUCUAUGCUGCUUAUCCUCACUAGGGUUGUGGUUGUAUGCUGGAGCCUAUCCCAGCUGACUUCAGGCAAGAGGCGGGGUACACCCUGGACUGGUCGCCAGUCAAUCGCAGGGCACACAUAGACCAUUCAAAGACAUGAUAUGUAGUAUUCUACACUGCUCAUUAGGCGUCAGUAAUGUUACACUGAUGAGACAAUAGCCACCGCAGCAAGUACACUGCAAGGAUCUCUCCCAAUGUUAAUGUGUGAGUCUAUGUUAUGUCUUAUUUAUGUCUAAUAUGGCUUAUUUUCUGCUAUUAUGUCUGCUAUAUUGGGUAAUACGGGUGUAAAGGUCAUUAUAGAAGUGUUAUUUCAUGUCUGUAGGGCUGUAAUGUUUAAAAAAAGUUAUUUAGAAGGUUGUAAACAACUACGAAAAUAUUCCAUUUAUAAAUAAGGAAGUAUCAUUGCCUAUUGAAUGUCUUCCAUUUACCAACAUUAUUAUUAGUCUUCAGGUUUCCCUUUCCUGUUUGGCCCAAAACUCAUUUGAUUAAUCUUUCCACAUAAAUUCACAACCCUCUUGGAAUUGCUUUGUUUCUUCUUUUUGUUAUUAUUCAGGCAGCUACUCAAAAUCUCAUCAAAUUUAGCAAGCACAUGUAUUCUGGUGAAAAUGUACGUAUUUUAGGUGUCCCGCUCAUUAGUGCCCCCUGGAUAGUCAUUAGCACCCACCACUAGUGUGACUAAUACACAAAAUCCAGUACUCAUGUUCGUCAUGGCAAUGCACGGAAAUCUACAAAGAAGCUAUGCUGUAAAACAAACAGGUAGUGGGCCAUUUUGGUGUUGCUAUAUUUGGUGGAUUUGCGCAAUUUCCUUGUGAUUUGCCCCUGAGGGCUUUCAGUGGGAUAUGGACAAGUUCCAAAACAGGUAUUGUUAUUAGUUGUCAUUUGUAGUGAUUGGACAUUAUGCAUUACCUUUUUAGCCAUUUAUCACACAAUUAUUACCAUACUACAGUUGUCCCUCGCUACAUCAUCAUUAUUGUUUCAAUAUCGUUCUGAAGAUCACGUUUUUUCAAAAAAUUAUUAAUUAGUAAAUGACCUCUGUUUCGUGGUUAACUAUGGACUACUAUUAGUCGAAUGAACAUUGGCAGCACUUAAAACUUCUCCCAGUGACAAGACUGUCAUGUAUUGGUUGUCAUGGUGAUAAAUUGUUGUUUCUGUGGCCAGAAUAGGCCACUAGGCGUCAGUUACAUGGCAGUAGACUAGAGAUUUUGCAUGCAGUCAGCCAUGGCAUGUCUAACAUGACAUAGUUCCCCUCCCAUUCUGUGUGGAAGUGGUAAGGAUUUGGCUUCUUACUUUGUCCUUCUUCCCCACUCCGUUUGAAACACUUUGAUAAGGUUAGAAUAAUUAAAAUUGGAGAGCCUUAUUAGUUAGCUCGGUAGCUUGCGAUGCUGGCGGUGGCCGUCUCUUGUGUCCCUGCAGUGAUCCCGUAGCCUGCGCAUUAAUUACAGUUGAGCAAUGUGUUGUAAACAAAGAAUAAUAGGAGUGUAAAGGUGUCUACUUGUCUACAGUGCUCUAAUAAUGGUAAAAAAAACAUAUAAAUAAAGUAACUACGGAAAUAUUCAAUUUAUUUAUAUUGAAUCCUGCUUCACUUAUCGCGGUCGGGUCUGGAACCAAUUAACCGCGAUAAACGAGGGACGACUGUAUUAGCAUAUCAUAACCAAGCUUUUGUGUAAGAGUUGUAGUUUUAAAAAAUGAAGUAUGAUUUUGUACAAAAGGAAUUUCACCAAAAACAGAAGGGGUGGUAAACCUAAUAUUUUUGUAUAUUAUUAUGUACUUAAUAUAGCCUCCAAUAAAAAUAUGGUAAUGUUUUUCACUGGGUGAUCACCCUGGAAAAUCUCCUAUUUAUAAGUGGAAAUCAGUGCUGACCUUUUAGUACAACUUGCUAGUCAGUUCAAUUCUUGUGAGAACACAUCAAGAACAACCACAUGAAAAAUACAAGUGAAAACUAAGGUAAAACACACCUUAGUUUUCACUUGUAUUUUUCAUGCUCGACAAGUCAUGUAGUUAUAUACAGCAGUGGUUUUCAACUGGUGGGUCGCGGAGCCGUUUUCAGUGGGUCGCGGGCUUUGCCUGGUAAAAACAUUUAAAAUAAAGCAACGACCCAAUGUCUGUGAAUGCACCGCACGUUCUUGCCUGCGCUUUUCGCUUUCUACCCCACCGUGAGGUGCAAGGGAAGUUUCUGGGCGACUUUGUCACGCUUUAGCAGGAGAGGAAGGACAUCGAGUGGGGACUCAUCGUGCUGUCCAUCCGACACGCAGCUGCAGAUAUCUGCUGGAGAAGAGCACGCCAUAAAGAGACAGCUUCUCAACGUUGCAGCUCAUAUUGUGUUGAAAACAGUCCCUUAAAAUAUAAGAUAUAUGAGAAGUUUGAGUUGAAACUUCCUUCAGUUGGGGUCACCACGAGUCAUUGAUGGUAGGUGCCGCAGCCGAACCAGUUGAGAACCACUGAAAUACCGUAUCUUAGAAUGGCUUCUGCUACCGUUUUUGGGCAACAUAUAAGAACACAUUAAAGAGCAGAUACAACGAAAGGCUACAUUUCGCACUUUACCCAAUUAUAAAAUCAAACUUUUCCAAGCAUGAAAGUUCUCGACCACAGCUAUAAUAGCAGAGAGUCAUUAUCUCAGAAUUUUGACUGUAGAUUGCCAAAGCAACUUGAGAAAAUGGCACUUUGAGUUGUGGGACUACUGCGAUGAGCUUUCUCUAUUCUAUUUCCUGACAUUUUCGACCAAUUAAUAAGACGUACACUCCACAGAUUAAUCAAUAAUAAAAUCCACCUGGGGUACACAGUUGCAGAGCGACACACACAGGAGUUUUAAGUGCUGCCCAAUGUGCCAGUCUGAUCAUUGAAAUCUCACCACCAGCUUGUUUGGCAACAAUGUAUGUUCAGCUGUGUUUAUCACUUUGUGAAUCUGUCCGUGGUUGUCAGUUGGAUUGGCUUCUUUCCGUGUGGUAUCUGUCGUCAUUCUUUGUUGUAUCGAAGCAAAGCACCGCACUCGCUCAAUCAUGACUUCAUAGUAUUUUAAAUAAAAUUUUUAGCUUCAGAGGGUAAAUCAGCUGUAUGACAACUGUCUGACUUGAUGAAUGGAAAGCCAGAUAGUAGCCAUUAUUUAGCAGACAUUAAAACAUCUUCAAUAAUGACAGCGUGCCUGAAGGCAAGUGAUUGAACACAGUACUUAUAGUGUUAACUUACUGUAUCACUUAUGGUUUAGAAAGUAAUAUGUCAAGAUAAUGCCAUAAACAUUCAUACAAUGAAGAUAUUUUCCAUACCAUGGCCAAAUGUUAAGUGAUUUUCUUUGUUGGGGGGGGGGUAUCUUUUAACACAUUAAAAAAAUGAAGAUAACUUUAAAGAUCCCAUUUUGUAGAAUUUUUCAACAGUUUUAAAGAAGAGUCAGAGGUCGCAAACUAGUGUAUUGAAAGUUUUGUCCAAAAUUUUGUCCACACAAACACGGAUAUUUUCAAAAACGCACAUUUCAUCCACUGCGGUGUUAACAAAAAAUGUCCAUCCUCUUAAACAGAGUUGGAAAAAAAAUGCCUGUCCACAUCAAAACACAUUCACUGGCUGUCAUUCACAUUUUGGCCAAUCAAAAGCCUUCAAAGGCAACGACAGCUACUGUAACUUACAUUUAACAUGAUAACAGCUGUCCAUCACUAUAGCGAGCUAUUCGAUGUACAUCAUCUUUAAAAUGAGAACAUGCUUACAUGGUGCCCAGGAGACAACAUUCAUGGUUUUUUUUGUCGCCCGUGCGUGUUAUGAGGCGCACGCAUGCGUGCCUCGCCGCACAAAAUGAAAGUCAAUAACUUCAUGUUCUGUUGUUAAAUCAGGUUUAAAAACAUGAGAUAAUGUCACAUUUCUUCUGACACAAACCGAAAAGCUCAGUUUUGCCCAUUCACACACACUGGAGUUUUUGAGAAUCUCCACUUCACGGUUUUCCAAAAGCUUUUUAAAGACAAAAACCUACGUUUACGUGUGGAUGAGAUGCCAAAAUGCAUUGAAAAAUAUUUGUUAAAAUAUGUGCGUGUUAAAAUAUUGGUAUUUGUGUGGCCAUAGCCUUAGCCUUGAUGCUGGGAUUUAGAAGCGCUUGUAACACGCCCUAAUGGGAACAUGCCAUUUGUGUUUGUAGCGGUAAUGCUAAUGAGCUGUUUGUCCACCCCUGUCUCCGACCCAAGAAGCACUAUUGUGCACUUUAUUCACUUUUUACAUAUACACUGUAACUCUGCACGUGUGUAACGUAAUAGAUGUCAUAUAUCACAUAUAACAACGUAACAUUAUGGAGUUGGACAGGAGGACACAAACGUUAGCAACACAAACAUGGCUAUGUGAACUACAGUGCAAAUGUUACAUUUGAACAGGAACGUUAUGCCAGGUUAGCCUAUUCGCUGGAGAAAAAUUGAAUGAUCAGACUUAGAGCUCUCCCACGUCUGUACCUGACUGAUAGAUAGUUGGCAUAACUACAGGCUUUCAUUGAAGGUGAAGCGAAGCAAAGCUGUUCUCCAUGAGGUGGUGGGCUCUACAUUUGGUGUGAUCAUCUAGCUCGCGGAGGGUCAGAGACAGUAUGUCCAUGAGGAAGGAGUUUUUCCAUCAUGAUAUCAUGAAAACCCGGCACUUCAAAAUUGAACAUUUGAGUGCAUCUUCUCUCAAAAGUGGGGCAAACAAGUGAGGGAGAUGGUACAUUUUUCCCACGUUUGGUGCUCAUAAAAAGGCUGAUACAUAUUACGGUAAUAAUGUCAUAGUCAAAAGGCACAUUUUACAUAAUUGGGUACCUUUGAAUAAAAAUGUGGACAGAACAUGAUCAAUUUUGGGCUGUGCAAGUGUUUCCUAGACAGCUUGCGUCUUGUAGAUUAUUGAGCUGAAAGAAACCAAAAUUUAACUACACGGAGGUUUCUCAGUCAACAACAAGUACAACACGUUUGCUGUUUUUGUAGCUUUCUAUGCUGUCCAUGUGUGUACAUUAUUACAUCAAGGAAUGUCAUUUAUGAAUCUAACCAAUGUUUACAUAGGAGGUUUACAUAGGUUUUUAUUAUGAUUAUAUUUAACAGUUAAAAAUGAAACAUUUCUGGUUUUCAGUGUGUUUUGGUUACAGAAAAGCAAUGGCCACCUUUUUGUUUUGUAAAGUAGCAGUGCUGUGGCAAUGUUUUGAUGAAUACUGUACGCGUGAGCGCUGCUGAGCUCUUGCAGUGUCAUUUUUCUGACUUUUGAUUGUUUUAGAUUUUUGUUUUUGUCAAGAAUUCUGCACAAAAUGUCAAGUGUUGCUUUAAAACAAAGAAUUAUCGUGACACAUUUCUGUAUAUUUGAUGAGAUUUGAAGAAACGUCCAUCAACUGGAAGACCAAAUUGUGGUUGGCCUACUUUUAAUAGUGAAAACUGUAGGCAUUGGAAAAUACAUGAGCAGAAAGUAACGUUUCUUAGCCGAUGCCAUCAAACACUGUCUUUCAAUGCGAGCUGCGACUGCAAGCAAGGUAGUCGGCCAGCGCACACUUGAUAAUGAUGCGUGUGUUGUCUUUUUAUGCCAAUGCAGAUGUCUCAUUUUAUGACUAUUUUGAAGAUUAGAGACUCAAAAUUGGUUACAAUAGGACAAGUUGCAACCCCUCCUCAAAAACAAGCCCAACAUGACAACGCUUGGCCUUUCUGUUCACUCUUUUUCUGUAUUUUUGACAUGCAGGUGAUCUCUGUGAGAUUGUUUCAGUAGCAUUUUCACAUUGAAAAGUCAUCAGCUGAUGUUGAUAUGCUGAAGCUGUGCAUGUAUGAUAUUGUUUGGUGUAUUUCUGUUUUCUAAACAAGGAAGUUAAUAAAA